AUGUCUACCACAUACACCAAGCCCACUGUUUUCUAAAACAAGCUCUUCAUUAACAACGAAUUCGUUGAUGGUGUCAAGAAAACCACUAUCCCCGUUAUCAAUCCCGCUACUGAAGAAAAGAUCACUGACAUUGCUGAAGCAACUGAAAGAGAUGUUGAAUUAGCUAUCGAUGCUGCUAAAGCUGCUUACCCCAAGUGGCACUCUACUACUUUAAGAGAAAGAUCAAUGCUUCUCUACAAGUUAGCUGAACUUAUCGAAAGAGACUUUGGCACUCUUGUCUCAUUAGAAUCUCUUGAUAAUGGUAAACCCAUUGAAGGUUCUGAAGCUGAUAUCCGUGAAGUCAUCAACAAUUUAAGAUACUUUGCUGGUUGGGCUGAUAAGGUCACUGGUAAGACUUAUGCAAGCUAAACUGAAACUUUGUUCUACACUCGUAGAGAACCUUUCGGUGUUGUUGGUUUGAUUUCUCCUUGGAACUUCCCAUUACUUAUGUGUGAAUGGAAGUUUGCCCCUGCCUUAGCUGCUGGUAACUGUGUUGUCCACAAACCCUCUGAAGAAACUCCCUUGACCAUCUUAUGGUUAUGCAGAUUAUUCAAGGAAGCUGGUUUCCCUCCUGGUGUUUACAACUGUGUCCCUGGUUAUGGUCCCAUUGCUGGUGAAACUCUUGCUAGAAGCCACAGAGUAUCCAAGAUUUCUUUCACUGGUUCUACUGUUGUAGGAAGAAAAAUUAUGGAAGCCUCCUCCCAAACUAACUUAAAGAAGGUUACCCUUGAAUUGGGUGGUAAGACUCCUGUCGUUGUCUGCCCUGAUGGUGAUUUAGAUAUGGCUGUUAACCUUGCUUGGAAUGCUAUUAUGUACAAUAUGGGAUAAUGCUGUAUUGCUGGAUCUCGUGUCUUCGUUCAUGAAAGCAUCUAUGAAGAAUUCGUUAAGAGAUUAAAAGCCAUUGAAAGCAAAGUCACUAUUGGAUGUGCCUUCACUGGUGCUAACCACGGUCCUCAAGUUAACCAAACCUAGAUGAACAAGAUUCUUGGUUACUUAGAUCAUGCUAAGAAUGUUGAAAAGCUUGAAUGCAUUAUGGGUGGUGAAAGAUGGGGAACCAAGGGUUAUUUCAUUAAGCCUACCGUUUACAUUAAUGUUGAUGACAACUCCAAGCUCGCCUAAGAAGAAAUCUUUGGACCCGUCCUCUGUAUUCUCAAGCCUUGGAAGACUAUUGAAGAAGUUAUCGAAAGAGCUAACAACACCAAGUACGGUUUGGCUGGUGUAGUCGUUACCAAGAAUAUGUCCCUUUCUGAUAAAUUAGUAAGAGAACUCCAAGCUGGUACUAUUUUCGUUAACACUUAUUGCAUUCCCUAGUCUUUCAUUCCUUUCGGUGGCUACAAGGAAUCUGGUUUCGGACGUGAUAAUGGUGAAGAAGCCAUCCUUGAAUACACUUAAGUCAAGGCUGUCUACUACUAAUUAGAUGAACCCAGACUCUGA